AUGGCUAGCGCCACGCCUCCUCAAGGCAGCCGGCGCACUGAGUUGGCUACUCCCGAAUUUAGGAGGGCCACAAACGAGGUGUCAUCGACUUUAUGCCGGCGUUCUGAGGAGCAUGGCGCUGUAUGGCGCCUCAAUCUGGGCGGACGCACUCAACAAGAGGGAGAAAGCCGCCCUUCUGCGCAGGCCCCAGCGGGCCAUAGGCUCAUAGCGCAGAAAGUCGCAAGGACCUACCGAACGGUAGAGCACGCUGCGGCGUGCGUCCUCGCUGGUACUCCUCAUUGGGAGCUAGAAGCUGGAGUCUUGUCUGUCAUCUAUCACUUGAUGGCAGAUCAGAAGGCGCGUGGAAAGCGCCCGGCCCCAGAACGGCGCGGCGCCGUCAGGCAGGAAGAGCGCGAGAUCAUGACCGACCGCUGGAAGGAAGACAUGACUCGCGCGCAGUUUGGCCGCCGCAAUCUGGACGCCAUUGGUCCUGUUCUGGACCAAUGGUUGGAACGACCGCACGGGUUCCUCACGUUCCGUCUGGCGCAGGUGCUGACCGGGCAUGGCUGCUUCGGUUCGUACCUGCAUAUGAUCGGGCGAGAGGAAUCCCCACUGUGCCACAAAUGCGGCGCGGCGGAUUACACGGUGCAGGCGGUGCAGCACACCCUCGCGGUCUGCACAAGCUGGGAGGAGUAG